UCUUGACUAAGGCACGUGUCUUGGAGAACAUCUUUUCACAUUAGUUCACAAUGUAGUAAAAAAAACAUAAAAUAGCCAGGGCUCCUUUUCUCCCACCACCUCAAACACACUCAAUUCUUUCUCUGCCUUGGCUUCUGAUUGGAUGCUGGCUGCUGUGAUAAUGACCUCUAGGACCCCUCCCUGGGUUACAGGCUGUUUGUACUUGUACUGUAGUUUCUGCAAUUUAAGACGUCUGCAGCGGGGUGUGAGGAGAAGUCAAAGGCCAGUAUUGUUUCUUUUUUUUUUUUUUUUAAAUUCCUACGUACCAGACGCGUCAGAAAACUGACAGUCGACCUACCUGAGUGGAGUUGAGACCCACAGACACCCUACCACGUAUCUCUUCCAGACAGACUGCUCACUAAAAUGAGGGAUCUUCUUCAGUAUGUUGCCUGUUUCUUUGCCUUUUUCUCUACUGGAUUCUUGAUUGUGGCCACUUGGACAGAUUGCUGGAUGGUGAAUGCUGACGAUUCACUGGAGGUGAGCACAAAAUGCCGAGGCCUGUGGUGGGAGUGUGUCACUAAUGCUUUUGAUGGGAUUCGCACCUGUGAUGAAUACGAUUCUAUACUUGCAGAGCAUCCCUUGAAGCUGGUGGUAACCCGGGCGUUGAUGAUUACCGCAGAUAUCCUCUCUGUGUUUGGAUUUAUCACUCUGCUCCUGGGUCUUGACUGUGUGAAAUUCCUCCCUGAUGAACCAUAUAUCAAAAUCCGUAUCUGCUUUGUUGCUGGAGCCACACUGCUAAUAGCAGGUGCCCCAGGAAUCAUUGGCUCUGUGUGGUAUGCUGUUGAUGUUUAUGUGGAACGUUCUUCCCUGGUUUUGCACAAUAUAUUUCUUGGCAUCCAGUACAAAUUUGGCUGGUCUUGUUGGCUGGGGAUGGCUGGAUCUCUGAGUUGCUUUUUGGCUGGAGCUCUCCUCACAUGCUGCUUAUAUCUCUUCAAAGAUGUUGGACUUGAAAGGAACUAUCCAUAUUCCAUGAGAAAAGUGUACUCAACCGCUGCUGUUUCCACAGCCAAGUCAUAUAUGCCACCUCGAACAAAGACUGCCAAAAUGUAUGCUGUAGACACUAGAGUGUAAAGUGCCUCCAUUUAGCAGUGUUUAUAUGCUAUGGAACUAAUCAUUCAGUAUAUUCAGAUUAAUAAAUUAGAAGGUCAAGAUAGGAGCAAUUACUUUUGUUGUCAUAUUCCAAUAAACUCAUUGCUCGUUUUAGUCAAAAA